CCAACACCCUUUAUUCCCCUCAGACAUUGUCUCAAUCCCACACGCUUCCUACUCCUCUCUUUCACCACUUUUCUGCUCCCCGUUGAGAAAGAAUUUGAAUCAUCAAAAUCAAAAACACGCACCAACAAUGGCCCCAAGAGACAGCCGAGCCACCGCGUUCGCCGGCCCAGGCCCAUCACCGGCCCACAAAGAGAUCCGCUACCGAGGCGUCCGGAAACGCCCCUGGGGCCGCUACGCUGCCGAGAUCCGUGACCCCGGCAAGAAAACGCGCGUCUGGCUCGGCACCUUCGACACCGCCGAGGAAGCCGCUCGCGCAUACGACACCGCCGCGCGUGAGUUUCGCGGUGCCAAGGCCAAGACUAAUUUUCCGACACCUUCGGAACUCAUCCUUAACAACAACAUUCGUAGUCCCAGCCAGAGCAGCACCCUCGACUCUUCCUCUCCCCCGUCACCGCCACCGCCGCUUGACCUUACCCUAACCCCUCUCUCCGUGGCCGCCGCCGUCUUCCCGGUGGCUCGUCCGGUUCUAUUUUUUGACGCGUUCGCGCGUGCGGACGCCAUGAUCGCCGUCUCCCGCCGCGAGACGUGCGGCUUCGAGCGCCCCGCCGCUGAUUUCCGCCGUAACGACUCCGAUUCCGAUUACAACCGCCGCGUGCUCCUGGAUCUUGACCUGAACGUGCCUCCUCUCCCUGAGGUUGCCUGAUUCAUGCAGGGAGAUCUGGUUUUCCGCAAUUUUUUUCGUACUACCUUUUUAAGCAUCUGGGAACACUACUACGCAUUUUUUUGUGACGAAAUUGCUCUCGAGAAAUUAUAGUGUUACGGAGAGGGAGCAGCAGCUAAGUGUGAGUAGUGGAUGACAUGAUGCUCGGAAUUGUUGUUGACCAUUUUGUGAUGAAGAUAUAAUCGGCACGUUAUGUAAAUACACGUUAUAACCGAAAAGCAAACGCGCUUUUUCUUGCUUUUUUUUGCAACUGAGAACUUAACAGAGUAUCUCAUGGUUGUUUCUGUAAUUUCUCAAAAUAUAUAAAUAUUUCCAUUUCCAUCCUUUUAUUAUUAA